AGGAAGGGUCUAUUUUUAGAUGCAAUCGUACACAAGUUCAAGGACGUUGACAGACGGACAGCAAAAUGGUUUGUGAAAAAUGUCAGAAGAAGCUUGGAAAAGUUGUUACCCCAGACACGUGGAAGUCUGGAGCAAGAAAUACCACAGAAGGUGGAGGCAGGAAAAUAAAUGAGAACAAGGCUUUGACAUCAAGGAAAAAUAGAUUCAAUCCAUACACAUCCACAUUUGCAAAGUGCAGGAUAUGCAAGCAGUCAGUUCACCAGGCAGGAUCACAUUACUGCCAAGGCUGUGCUUAUAAACUAGGUAUAUGUGCAAUGUGUGGAAAGAAGGUCAUUGAGACGAAAAACUACAGACAAACAUCAGUGUAAAAAAGAAAAAAAGGAAGCAGCAUACUGAUCUAUUUGUAGAGGACAGACAUUUACCUUACUGCCAACAACAAGUCGAAUGUGGAAAAUAAAAGAAAAUUAAAGAGUCUAUUUUAUAGUGUUGAUGUAUAUGUACACAGUACUGUAUAUAGAUUAUUGCAAGCAACUAAUAAUUUUGUUUUUAUGGCACUUUCCAAGUUCCAGUAUUGAUUUGUAGUCAUGAUUCAACUUUUUUCACGUAUUGAACAUUAUACUGUGUAAGUAUUGUAAAGGAAUGUGUUUGUAUUUAGUUUUGAAUGUGUAUCUUUUAACUGUACAACAAAGGGAUUAGAAGUUUUUUUUUUUAUUUUCUAGGGUUGGACCAGAAUAUUCAUUAUUUUUGGAUAAUGACAUGAGAAAUCUAUGUUAUACUUUGUAAAUAAAAUGAUAUUUUUAACAAAACUUUA